AUGGAAGAUAAAUGUGGUGUCAAGAAAAUAGAGCUAUCGUGCUAUCAAAAACUAGGAGAAGUCUCUGAGUUUCUCGGUGAAUAUGUCAAGGCUAAAGAAUAUUACAUAAAAGCACUUGCCAUCGCAGAAGAAAAUGGCGACGGGGAAGCAGAAGCGGCAUGCUGUGAAAGGCUAGAAAGACUCUUCCAGGUUCUUGGUGAAUAUUCCAAGGCUAAAGAAUAUAACGAGAAAGCACUUGCUAUCGCAGAAGAAAAUGGCGACAAGGGAACACAAGCAGCACGCCAUGGAUGCCUAGAAAAUGAAUUUCAGUCAGUUGGUAAGGAAGACGACCAGACCGAUAAAGAAGAUUGCAAAAUAUUACCUGCAACCGCUGAAAAAUUGGGCGACAGAAAAACAGAACCUUCUUCCGAUGACAAACUUGGAAACCUCUUUGAAUCUCUCGGUAAAGCUAUCAAGGCUAAUAACUGUAAGGAUAUUGAGGAAGGCAGAGGUUACAGCCUCCUAGGAGCAUGUUUUGCGGUGUUGGGUGAUAGUGCCAUGUCUAAACAAUAUUUCGAUGAAGCGCUCAGAUUGUGCAGAAAAACAGACGACAAAGAAGGCGAGUCAUUCUGUCACUUCCUUAUGACAUUCGCAUUGAAAGAAAUUUUUUUGCCAGCAUCGAUAAGAGUGCGCGUAUUCAAAAUUUCUUGCAAGAUCAUGACCAGUUUAAGGUAUUGUUUUUCGAAAAGUUCAAUAAAAACUAUCGACACCUCAGUCAAUUGCUUUGUGCGUUUGGAAAUACUCACUGUGAGGGUCUUUACAUGGAAGAAAUUGGACGAGCAAGGGCCCUCGCAGACUUAAUGUCAUCUAAGUACUCUGUAGAAAACGAAAUACCAGUCAACUUAAAGACAUGGGGUGAUCUUGAAGAGAUCGUGAAAAAAGAGAGAAACUGUGACUGUCUUUACAUUUCAUACUGUGGCACAUUUAUUAAUUUGUGGGUUCUCAAAGUAAGCAAGCCUUUAUUUUUCCGGAGAAUAAACAUUAAUGAGUAUACUUCAGGCAAAGCAUCAUCUGGCAGAGUAGAUGACCUUUUUUCUCACGAGUUUUACAGACAGGCAAACUGCUCCACUCCAGAGGAGUGCGAAGAACGACCCUGGUUUCCUUCAAACGUUUGCUCAGAGCAGGUGUGCGAAUCAUCUCAGGGCGAUAGUCCUGCGGAGUCUCGCCUUAUGAAUGAGGAUUGCGAGGAGCCCCCUGAUAUUCUUGCUGACAACUACAAAAUGAUCAUCGACCCUGUAGUCCACUUGCUUGAUAAGCCCGAAAUCAUCAUUGUUCCUGAUCGCCUCUUCUUCAAACUUCCAUUUGCAGCGCUAAAGGACAAAAGAGGAAAGUAUUUAUCAGAGUCUUUCAGGAUCCGAAUCGUCCCUUCUUUGACGACUCUCAAGCUCAUUCAGGACAGUCCAGCAGACUAUCACAGUCAGACUGGUGCACUAAUAGUAGGGGAUCCUGAUGUUGGUCUCGUGUUUUACAGGGGAGAACGUAAGAGGAGAUGGCACUUGCACUCUGCCAGAGAGGAGGCAGAGAUGAUUGGAGAUCUUGUCGGCUCUCAGCCUCUUCUUGGAAAGCAAGCGACGAAGCAGGCGGUCAUUCAAAACAUAAAUUCAGUGAGUUUGAUACAUUUUGCUUGUCAUGGUGAUCCUGAAAAAGGUGAAAUUAUUCUCGCCCCUUCACCCCUCUGCUGCAAUAGGAUCCCUCAAGAAGAAGACUACUUGUUGACAAUGGCAGAAAUUUCACAAGUUCGAGUGCGAGCCAAACUGGUAGUGCUUAGCUGUUGUCACAGUGCAAAAGGAACCAUCAGUUCAGAGGGAGUGGUUGGAAUUGCUCGCGCAUUUCUAGGAUCUGGUGCACGUUCUGUGUUGGUGGCACUGUGGGCCAUAGACGACGAAGCAACAAAGCAGUUAAUGAGUCGUUUCUACUUGCACCUUGUUGGUGGGGAAAGUGCCAGCGAAUCUCUUCGCCAGGCCACGAAGUGGAUGAUAGAAAACCGUUUCCCUGUGGAACAGUGGGCACCUUUUACGUUAAUUGGCGAUGAUGUGACACUGGAUUUUCACAAGUUAAGGUGA